AUGCGAGUCGCGUCCCAACGGAGUCUCAGACCUUCGUCGACCGAGGUGUCCUCUCUGCGGGAUGCUCGCUCCUCGUCGAUCGCCUCGUCCUUGCAGGACACAACGUCCAUCAAGACGGCGUCGUCCCUCUCCGACGGCAGCGGCGUCGAGGUCGCCGCAGCGAUCGCGGACUCCGCCGUCGGCGACCGGCCGCGGCGCUCGUUCCUGCAGCUCUCGCUAGCUGCCACGGUGGGCAUUUUUGCGCUGUUGGCCACCGCGGCCCUCGCCUUCAGCGUGCUGUGGGCCGGCUCGGCCGCCUUCCAAGAGGGCAUCCCCAGCACUCUCGACGCCACCGAUGGCGACCAAGCCGUGGUCGAUAACCGCGGGCCGGAGGUUGGCGCCCCGCCCGCCCCGAAACCGCAGAUCAAGUAUGGCUUCGAGGACGAGCCCGUGCACUGGGGUGAGAGCGUGGGCGAAGGACUCGAUCUCGGCGCCAAUCCGGAGAAGGUGCCAAAUCCUCGGUGUGGCCAGUUCCAGUUCUCCUUCUGCAGCGAGCGUAAGGGCGGUGCGUACUUCGACCCGACGCUGGCCUCUUGCCUGCCGAUCUCGACCGAAAUCGUCUACGUAUGCAACCGGAGCCCGAAUCGGUUCUCUUCGCUGCACGAGUGCCGUCGCAGCUGUGUGGAGGCCGCACGGCCGCAUAGGCGGUGCAUGGCGACGCCGCAGUUCUCGUACUGCAACAGGGAGUUGACGAGCAGCUGGUGGUUCUCGAACGGCACCCAUUGUGAGGAGUGGCGCUUCCCACUAGGUAUGUGCCCCGCCCGGGGCAGCUCGGUUUUCGCGAGCGCGCGUCAGUGCCGUGAAAACUGCCUGCGACCGCGGGACAAGCUGCAAUGCUGCCACAAGCCCGAGCCGCGCGUCUGCGCUUUCGGGCAGCUCAAGUACCCGUAUUUCGCCGCGGUCGGGUUCGACGGGUGCUUCAGGUGCCUCGAGGCCACCGCCAGUACGCUCGCGGGCUACCAGUGCCUAAUCGGUGCGAACCGGUUCGACACGAUGGACGCAUGCAACAGCACCUGCGUCGACCACGACGGCAACGAGUGA